AUGGUCAGCCAACACGCGAUGGCCACCACCGUUCGCAAAGUCAAGCAGGAGAACCGUCUCAGGAGGCAAAAUCAGAAUCAAGAUGAGGAGGGACUUUACAAGCCAGUACCACCACCGAAACCGGUGCCGAACAAUCAGAAGAACCAGAACGAGCAGCAGGAGAACAGGGUGCAAACGGUAGCCGAGCAAUCGUCCCGUACGACUACCGGCAUCGAAAGGAACCCCGCGCACGACGACAGCCAGCUUCGCAGUUCCGGGCAGAACUUUGCACCGGAAUACAGGAUGCCACCGCUCUACGGGGAGGAGCAGAGUUCAAGUCAGACUCAACAGGCAGCCAAUUUACAAACUCACAGUAGCAAAUUUCCGAUCGAACGCGAGGUAGUCCUGUCAUCGGGCGACAAGAAUUCGAAAAUCCCAAUUCUUCAUGAGUACAAACAAAAAACUGCCGGCAGAGUUGCCAUUGCACCGGAUGCGCCAAUUAAGCAACAAGCUUGGGUUCAAGAAGGAACUCAGAUGCAAGAAACGCGACAGGAGGGUCAAGGAAGAAGUUAUCAUCCCCCGGAAUCUUACGCGUCCACGUCGACAGCAGCAGCAACUGUUGCAGUGGCGGCAGCAGUCGCGGCAGCAUCGUCGAAUACGAGAAACACAAAGAUCGAUGAGGAAAAGAGUAAGUCCCUCUCGAGAACGUAUCACACGAUCAAGGACAUGAUAUCCAGCCGUUUUGGGCAGAGCCGUAAAGAUAUCGAAACCGAACCGGAGACCAGUUUGAACAACGUUACGGAGGAGUUGAGGAAAUCCAGUAGAAGUAUCGAUGAAGAAGACGCCAAAAAGAAGGAGGGGAUUUACGGGAAACCUCGAGCGCAGGAACCUUCUCUUAAUAUGCAACAGUAUCCAAAAAACACUUGCGGUCAGUAUGGGCAUUCGUAUAGUUACCUGGGCAAUCAGCAGAACGUAUCGCUUCCUGGACAACUACAGCCGACAUCACAGAUCCAACCUAAUUUGCCAGGUCAAAGUGCGCAGCUCCACGUGACGCACCAUACUCCGUCCGGAGGAGUUCAAACGGUCCAUCAAACGCAAGUUCCUAGUUUCAGCCAAUCAGCGACAGGUGGUAGUCAGCAGGUGCAAAAUAUUGCGAGGGAAUACGUUGUUCAGGGACCAUCUGGAUUGCCGAGUCAGCAAUUGCAUCAAGGACUCCAUCAGAAUUCCCAGAACCAGGGCCAAAGCACGCCAGUGCAGAAACCCCACGGUCUACCUCUGCAGCAGCAUCAAGCCGUCAACGCGAUGCAACAACAGGCUAACCAGAACUUCCAAAGUCCGCAGCAGCUGCUGCACCAAAACCAGAACCACCAUCAGAGUCCUCGGUUCGCGCAACAACACGCGCAGAACAUGCACCAGCGACAGCUGAUUCAGCAAAUCCAUCAGCAGCAAAUGGCGAGCCAGCAACAGAACAGUCAAACCGGCGUGAGGAACGUGCAGCAGACAUAUUUCUCGAACAACGUGUCCUACCAACAAUACCAACAAGCCAGGCAAGCCAUGUCCAGGUCGCAGAUCGACCUGCCAAGUACGUCUAGACAGACCCAGGAGCUAAGGCUCUCGGGUCAGGAGGUUUACUACCAUUACGCGCAGGGUCGGCCCAGGUACGGCGUACCUCAGGUUUACAUAAAAACAGAGUGCAACCAGGAGAUGGACUUCCAGCAGCGCAACUCAACGAAAGGCAUCGAGAAAGCUGUCUCCCAGCCACAGCUCUGCUACGAGGAUGAACGCAUGAACGAACAGCCGAGGAACGCCGUCGACUCGAUGAAGCCUUUAACUGUAGACCCAUUGGAUAAAGAAAAGUACGAGAUCACGGUUGAGAACCACGGGCCAGGCGAGUUCGGCCGAACUGAUUCGCAAAGGAAAGAUGAGUACAGGCCGGAAACCAGAUUCGGCAUCCGUAGAGACGAGGCGAUCAGAUGCUCGAAGCGGGAGCCGGAACAAGUCUCCGUUUCCGGGCAAGACAGCCAGGAAUCCGAGGGUACCUCUGUGCAGAAGAGGAUCGAAGAGUUGCAGAAGAGGGUCGAGGAGAAUCAUUACGGCUCGAAAGUAUCCAAAGAUAACGGCGAUGCGGACGCCAGAAGUUCAUCCGUUUCGAAGAUCGGCAAUGGGGAUGGAUCGAAGAGGAUCGAGAACCAGUAUGCGAAGGAUUCCGUGGCGAAGUCGGAGUCGAAGAAAGACGAGCUGGAACAUGGGAUUGGACGAUUGAAAAUCCAAAACCAGGGAUCUGGCUCGGAUUACGAUAAAGCCGGACAGAGUUCCUCUAACGUUGACUCGGGCAGAGGAUCCGCCGUCUAUUCCAGUGGACGGCGCCCGCUUCCGGAACACCAGACUCAUCCUCCAGUGCAAGACUCCGAAUGGGUGGACGUAGUGGAAACGGAAUUAAGGAGCAUUUUAGAACCAAAAGACGUCCCCGCGAUGGCGCAUUCCACGCUAUCUGAAAGCGUAUCAUCGGUGACGCCACCAUUGCCGCCGCUCUCGCCCCAUGAAAGUCCCAGAACACCGAGAAAUCGAUACUCAGCGAGCUUACCAUACGGAUCGAAACCUAAUUACAGCGAUUACAGUAAGGUCAUGGAAAAGAGAGGAUUCUCGAGCAGUUCGAAGCAUCGUGGCGCCUCUAUAUCCAGGAAAGAAGCUGCGAAAAAGUUUUCUCAUCUUUUUGGCGUGGAAGCGGCAGAUUUAACUUCCACGACGACUGGCCUCGACUUAGACUCCAUGCUCGACAGAAGUGACUCCGAUUUAAGCACGAAUGACGCGAGGACCAUCAGAAAGCAAUUGGAAGGCUUGGAAAAUAUGUACAGCGAGGUGUUGAAAUUGCUUGGCGGUAGUGUGAAGAAAAGACGAAAGACUAGAGGCCUUAUUAGUUAUGGUUCCGUUUCGUCGUUGCCGACGUCAUCCGUUUCAUCCAGACCAGUUACAAGGCAUCAUGACAAACGUAGAUCCCACGCGAUCGACGACAGAAUGAAGAAAGCCAAAGAUAUCAAGAGCAUUAAUAAGCGCUUUCAACGAUUAGAAUCUCAUGUAGUUACGCUGGCUAGGUCAGUAGCACAUUUAAGUUCAGAGAUGAGGACGCAGCAUUUGAUGAUACAGGAAAUGGAGAACAUAAGAGGCGAGAUUGCGGCGCUGAGAACGCAAACGAGCAUGGCGAUGGUGAGGUCGCAGUCACAGCCACUGAUCAAGGACUCCGAGUUACCAGCCCUCUCAAAUCCUUCCAGGGUGAAAAAGCUCACCAAGUUUUUCGGCACGGAACCACCUCUUAUCAGACUCUUCCUGAGGGAACUUGGGUAUGAGAAAUAUGCGAACGCGUUUGAAAAGGAAAAAGUUGGAAUGGUUGAGCUUCCCUAUUUGAGCGAGGAGAGGUUACAAAAAAUGGGGGUGCCCCUGGGCCCGAGGCUAAGGAUUCUUCAAGAAGCCAGGAUAUCGGUUUGCAAGGAUCCAAUUUACGUUGUAUGAGUUUCCCAGCAUGCCCUGUUCCUCAAGAGAAUAAUGGAACAGUUCAAGAAAAUAUGUCGGCUCGAAUGAAACGAAAUAAGCAGACUGCGGAUGAUUAUGUGGUUUGUAGGCUUCGCUGGUAAUUUCUUCAUGAUCCAUACCCAACAGAAACUUAUUUUCUUAAGAAAACAUUUAAUUAAGGUAAAAGCACCAAUGGUUGACCAGUUAAAAAAGAUAUUCUGCGUAAACAAUAACAAACGCUUGCUCCUUUAUUGAAUAUAGUAACUUCUUACGUUAUGCAACAAAUCGAACUUUUUUCGAAUAUUUUUAUAUAUUAUCCAAAUUUUAUAGACAUUUUUGAAAAUUCAAUACUUGCGUCAGAAGUUGACCAUCCUUGAAAGCGAGAAAACUAGUAAUUGACCAUGUGUUAGCAAUUAGACCACUUAUAGUAAAACUAAAAACACUAAAGAUAGUUACUUUAAUAUUUUUUAUUUGCAAGGAUUAUGACCAAUUACAGGCAAAAUAACAAAUACAAAUACAUGUUAGAAAUUGGAGGCAUACAAUCAACGUCAAUUAAAUAAAUCGUUAAUUUUUACGAUAAAGAAUUUCAUUCAGGUAAAAGUGUUUCGGAGUUGGGUCCGUAGAUACUGCAGCAUACCUAUCGCGCCUUUGUCGAAAGAUUAUUACUUUUAAAAACCUUAUUCUUUACGUUUUCCUGAAAAAUAGCCAACUACUGAUACUAGGUCAAUUACUGGUGCCUUUACCUUAUAUUUCGAAUAAUAUGAACAUUUUAAUGAAAUAUAAUGUUAAUUAACCCUUUGCACUAUGAUUUAUUCCGGAACUCCGUUCGGGAGAUUUUAUUUUUUACAAUUGGAAUUUAUUGGGUUGUAUUGUUUAUAAACGAAAGGAAAAACAUCACGCUUGUUCUGUGCCUGCGUUUAGUUUAAUGUACCAUAAUUAAUAAUAAAAAAUAAUGUUCAAUUUGGAUUUGGAUGAAUUAAAUGACAUUUAUUUUUGACAGAUUUGGUUUGAAGUUUUCGAGGGGUUAAUAGAAAGUUAUAAAGAAAAUGUUACUGCAAUUUUAUAAAAGUUCAUUUUAAUUCGUUUUCCAUUGUGUUUUGUAAAUUAAAAUAUACUAUAAAUGGAUAAACAUCCGUACUCUGGAAAUAAGAAACAACGUUAUUUGGAAAUUUGUUUGUUAUUCUAUUA